GUGCCAGAUCCUGCCGUGUAAUGUGAACUCCCUCAUCCGAUGCAUCGUGGUGGUCAGCAGUAAUCGGAUGCCCUGGUGCUUUGUGCGUUUCGUGUUCGUGCGUACACAGUAUUCAGUACACGUCGGAAAUCGCAGGAAAACGAGAGCGAGGGCAAAUAGCCCAGGGCGGUCUCUUUACGCAAACAACGAAAAACGGAAACAAUAUCGCCAUCAAAUAUUCCAACGACCAUCAACAUUCAGCCAAACCAGAGGACCAGCCAACUGUCGCUGGCGGAAAUCGGAAGGUCGAACUAGUGAACCAUGUGCGAGAUGCAGAUCGCUGCCGCAUUGCUGUUGGCUAGCAUCGCUUCAUAGUAGCAUCGUUUCCUUGUUCCCCAUCGUUGCACCCACUUCGGCUGAACACAAAGAAUAGACGAAGCAACUUGCAGCUGCAUCAUCCAAUCAACCCGGCUACUUGCAGCGUUUUGUUAUUAGUACCCGUGCAAGUGCAUCACAUGCAGGUCGGACGCAAAAUGUCUAAACAACAGGGAAAGUACGAGCUGCUGAAGGAGGACUCCAAUCUCAGGCGAAGACAUACCUACAUACAGGGAUGCUUACUGGUGGCGCUUUGCGGUAUGUCUAGUGUAACGGUGUAUGCAACAUGGUCCAUGAUUUACCGACAGAAUUUAAUCAUACCACCUACGCUUAUAGAUAUUUUUCCCCACUGGCGUAAUAGAAUUGCCCUAUACGAGGCAAAUUUACGCCAAACCAUUCAUCAACUUAACACACAGCAGGAUGUGCCCAGUGGAAAGGGGUUGAACGCUGCUCCCGGGCAGGAGGCUCAUGAGAACACCAGGCUCGGCGAUGGCGACGAUGCGCGAAAUUCAUAUGCCAACAGCGCAGCAAUGUCAGCGGCGAACACAACGGGCUCCGGUGGAUAUCGAUCUCACGCCACUGGAGAUCCAUUGCAAGCCCGUAUCAAGCAGCUGGACAACGAGCGUGUUCUGCCCUCCCGUUUCGGUAACUUCAUCUACUCGCAGGAAGCGACCAGUGGGCAGCCCGCUAGUCCGAAAAUUGUCUGCUAUUACACGACGCCUGAGCUUCGGCAUCCCGAGCUCCGUCAUCAGCUGAAUCCCGAGCGCAUCGACCCAUUCCUUUGCACACACCUGCACAUCGGCGUGAUUAGCAUCGAAAACUGCACACUGAUGAUCGACGAUAACGUGCGCGUAGCGUUCAAUCGCACCAAGGCACUGAAGCGCGCGAACCCGGACCUCAAGAUCUUGACCUGGGUUGGUGGUGGUAGCGUUGGUGGUUUCACGGAGAUGGUGGAAAACCACGCGAACCGAAAGCGGUUCAUUCAGUCACUGAAGGCCACGCUCGAGCACUACCAUCUGGAUGGUGUGGAUUUGGACUGGGAGUUUCCGGACAGUGGCGGCAAGCGCCGGAUGCACUUUUCACAGCUGCUGCACGAAAUACGGCGUGAGUACCAGCGCGAGCACAGAACGUACAUACUGAGCGUGGCGGUUGCGGCACAAGGCACGUUGGCAUACAUGGCUUACGAUGUGGGAGAAAUCAACAGCUACGCCGAUUACGUAAAUCUGAUGUCGUACGAUUUUCAUUUCUACUCAAACGAUCUACCACAGACGGGUCUAAACGCUCCGCUGUAUCGUCGUCAGAACGAGCGCUCACUGCUCGGAACGCUCAACAUCAACGAUUCGGUGAACUACUGGCUAUCUGCCGGGCUCGAUCGUAGCAAGGUAAUCGUCGGGCUGCCCACCUACGGCCACACGUUCACGCUCGUUAAUCCGUUCAACACGCGCAUCGGAGCACCAGCUUCCGGCUAUGGGCGCGUCGGUACGCUCGGCUACGCCAGCUACUCCGAGGUGUGCUGGUUCCUCCGGCACAACAUCUACGUAAUGCAGACGUACGACGAGGAAAGCUGUUCUCCCUAUCUGCACGCUGGCACGGAGUGGAUCUCGUACGACGACGAGCGAAGUCUGGAGUGCAAAGCGAACUUCGUCCGGUCAAACGGGUUUGGCGGAGCGAUGAUCUUUUCGCUCAACACCGAUGACUUCGGCUCGUACUGCGCCAAAAAUGCCUUGUAUGCAACCGAGGGUGGCGAAGGGCGGUCGUCGGAAAGCUUCCCGCUGGUGCGCAAGGUACGCUCGGUGUUAGAAGGCGCGCAGCAAACGGCAACGGCGUCGCAGCCGAACCAACGUGAGAGUGUGCGGUGAAUAUGUCACAUUCCGCAUGACAUUCCUCUUUUGCCCCAAUAAUCUAGUCAAGUGUGUUACUCGGCAGCAGGCCGCUUUCGGAAGCUUUAUUCAACCAACACGAAAUGGAAUUGACGGAAUUGGUCCGCGAAACAACGCCUCGUAAGAAGUUUCCACCCGUCGAAGUAGAAGUGUGUACAGUGUAGGUGCCUCAUGACGUGUACUUACAGGGGAAGCAAAACGAGAGUCAACCAAUAGAAGUAGUACGAGUGUCUUCCAGUGGAGAGUCGAAAUAAGACAAAUGGGUCGGGGCAGCUUAAAGCAACGAUUUAUUCGGCUGGCUUACGAAUUUUCGGUGAGCCGCGAAAGUUAAAUGAAUUACGUUUCCUCUUUUUGUUACUUUGUUUUUAGAUCGUAAUUAGUCAAUCCUGAUGCAAUGAGCAAAAUCUCGCCACAUGGUUGCGGUGUUGUUUGCACCGUAGGAAAUGAUUGCUCUUCAGACAGAAGUGUUCUUGUUUAGUUUUUCGCAAACUUUUGUAGCUCGGUUCGGUUGCUCGGUUGGGAGUUCUCAGAACAUACGAAACAUUCCAUAGCUCUAACGGGUACUAAACGUACCAUCUACGUAGAGCGAAAUGCUUAGUAUCGUUAUGCUGGGGAGUGAAAAAAGCGUUCUACGGAACGAAAGAAAACACAACAUUGUGCCAAAAAUUUAUAAUUACCACUACAGCAUAACAAAAAUACAGAAACGCACCCAACGCAGCAACAGUAGUGGCGCAGGCACACAUACACACACACCUCCAUAAGUUGUUAGUAGCGAUCCAAUCCAAGAUCCAAUAGUCCAGAAACAAGCAUCAAUACGGCACCUGUUUCCCCCAUGCGGUAUUUAGUGCCUAAAGUAUUACCAACAUUGUGUUGGCACCUGGCAUGAAGAAAUUCGGAGGGGUUGCAUGUGUGUACAAGUAUAUCAAAACCAUACAUUAUACACCAAACAAGCACAGGUAUACAAUAACUAAACGCGCGCGCAUUUAAAACAUCACCUUCAGACGGUGGACCGGCCAGAAAAUACUAGAGGAUGGAGCAGUUCUUGUCCGGGCUUUCCAGAUUCGGUAAAAACAAUUUUAAAAAACAUAUAAAUACGAUCCAGUUCGUUUAUCAAAGGUUAAAAUAAUAAAACAAUAAAAAAAAAAAACAUAAACAAUAGUCUUCGCCAUCACGAGCACAACUGCAUGGCGAUGGCUGUCAGCAACAACUCAGUAUAAAAAGUAAAGCUCAGCAAAAUACCAGAGCGAGUACAACACACCGAGUAAUGGUGCCGUCGUGUUGCUUAUGUUUUUUUAAUUGUCUUUGAAUCGAAUAAAUCGAGAAACCACGGGUACGAAUUUCAGCGUCUUCUAAAAGGACAAUAUUUUGUGGCCUGUCCAUUGUGUUAACAUUGUAGUGAAUAUAGGAGAAGUGGUUGACUUUAAAACAGAAUUGUUGCUUAAAAGUUAUUGGAAAGUAAACAUCGUCGAUAGUGUGUGUGUGCGUGUGUGUUGGUAAACCUAAAAAAACGAAGUAUUCAAAUAUCUUGCGGUAGUCGCUCCUGGAAAGCUCUGUAGUCACGGAGGUCGGAACGCUGUAUUUUUUCAAACUUGUCGGCCACUAAAACUAAUCAAAUCAGUGCAUUCCAAACAAACGUUUAUGGCACGGUUGAAGAAACUGUUACAGCGUGCGAAACAGUAAAACAACUACUUUUUAUAGUAUUUGAUAGAAGGUGUAGAAUGUCGAACGAUGAAGUCCAGAAUGGGCAGAGGAACACUUACUGGCUGGCUCUGCCGUGACGUCGUGUGAGGAAAGAGGGAGGAAACAAAAACCUAAACGCUUAACAAAACGCCUUCGUGUGAAAUCUGUAGAUUGAUCUUUUGCAUUGUAACUGAUAGC